CCACCCCAACCCGGCGGGGCGGUCGCACAUAAAAGCCGGCGGGGCGGGCAGGGCUCCCCGCUGCUGCCGCUUCCUUCCCCUCCCCUCCGGGAUCCGCCCGCCCGCAGCGCCGCCCAUGGCCUUCCCGCCGAAAGAAGAUCCUGGGAGGAGCAUAAAGGACUGCUGGGAUAGCCCUAGUGCCCCUGCACUCUCCACUUGCAGCAAUGCAAAUAUAUUCCGCCGGAUAAAUGCAAUGUUGGACAACUCUUUGGAUUUCAGUGGAGUCUGCACCACGCCUGUCACAAAAAGCAAAUGUGACAUCCUGCCAGACUUCCAGGACUCUGAAGAAGCAGUGGCAAGCAGGAUGCUUUUCCCCACGUCCACGCAAGAGUCUUCCCGUGGCCUCCCAGACACCAACGAUCUGUGCCUUGGCCUGCAGUCCCUCAACCUGACAGGGUGGGACAGACCCUGGAGCACCCAGGACUCUGACGCUGCAGCACAAACCAGCACACAGUCGGUUCUCAGCAUGCUGAGUAACCCUCUGGGGAACGUCCUGGGGAAGCCCCCGUUGGGUUUCCUGCCUCUGGACCCCAUUGGCUCUGACCUGUCAGAAAAGUUUUCCACACCAACACUGAGGAAUUCCCGCCUGGACUCCCGCUCCCUCCUGGACUCCCGCUCCAGCAGCCCCUCGGACUCGGACACCAGUGGCUUCAGCUCUGGCUCGGACCACCUCUCAGACUUGAUUUCAAGCCUUCGGAUCUCCCCCCCUCUACCUUUCCUGCCCCUCAGUGGGGUGUCAAGAGACCCCCUAAAGAUGGGAGUAGGGUCCCAGCUGGAUCAAGAUCAAGCUGCUCUGGCUGCAGUAACUUCCUCCCCAGCCAGUGCAUCGAAAAGAUGGCCUGGAGCAUCAGCGUGGCCUUCCUGGGAUCUUCUGGACUCUCCAGAAGACCCCUUCAGUAUUGAAAGAGAAGCUAGGCUUCACAGGCAAGCAGCAGCUGUGAAUGAAGCAACCUGUACCUGGAGUGGGCAGCUGCCUCCCCGAAACUACAAGAACCCCGUUUACUCCUGCAAAGUGUUCCUGGGAGGAGUCCCGUGGGACAUUACGGAAGCUGGACUGAUCAACACCUUCCGUGUGUUUGGCUCCCUGAGUGUGGAGUGGCCUGGUAAGGAUGGCAAACACCCACGCUGCCCUCCCAAAGGUAAUAUGCCUAAAGGAUACGUCUACCUGGUGUUUGAGUCGGAGAAAUCUGUGCGUGCUCUCCUCCAGGCAUGCUCCCAGGACUUGCUAAGCCCCGAUGGGCUCUCUGAAUACUACUUCAAGAUGUCCAGCCGUAGGAUGCGCUGCAAAGAGGUGCAGGUGAUCCCGUGGGUGCUGGCAGACAGCAACUUUGUGCGCAGCCCAUCGCAGCGGCUUGACCCCAGCAAGACGGUGUUUGUGGGGGCUCUGCACGGGAUGCUCAACGCGGAGGCGCUGGCGGCCGUCAUGUACGACCUGUUCGGAGGGGUGGUCUACGCUGGCAUCGACACGGACAAGCACAAGUACCCCAUCGGGUCUGGCCGUGUCACCUUCAACAACCAGCGCAGUUACCUGAAGGCUGUGACCGCUGCGUUCGUAGAGAUCAAAACCACCAAGUUUACUAAGAAGGUUCAGAUUGACCCAUACCUGGAGGACUCCAUGUGCCAAGUCUGCAGCACCCAGCCCGGCCCCUUCUUCUGCAGAGACCAGAUCUGCUUCAAGUACUUCUGCCGCUCCUGCUGGCACUGGCAGCACUCCAUGGAGGUCCUGCGUCACCACCGCCCGCUGAUGCGCAACCAGAAGAACAGAGACUCCAGCUAAAGGGGCCGCCGGGGCCUCGGGGGCCGCCGCAGGCGCAGGAGAAAGUCCUUUGUUAACCCGCCGAGCGGAGAGCGCACGAUGCUGGUGCCAGACCCAGGCUGGGAACGUGCUUCCUGAGGACUAACGGGGAGGGGGGGAGAAACCAAUAAUCUUACAUUCAUGUUUGCACUUGCUGGUCUUUUUGUUUCUGCACUAAUGCACAGUGAAUUUUGUUGGGGUUUGUUUGGGGGUGUUUUUGAGGGGGAGGAGCGCCCCUCAAGUGAUUCUGCAGUUCCCAGACUUUGGUUCCUAGUUUGCUGAUGAGAAGCAAAAAAAAAAAAGCAACCUAAUUCCAAGGGCCACGUGUUGCGGAGGUGUUCCCGCCUUCUCCGAGGAUUUUUAUUUAUUAAAGGCGCUUUUUUACAUUCCUUGCAAUACUGGUGGUGAUGAUGCAGGUCUCAUUGGCUCCAUUUCUUUGCAGUUGCCAUACAGUGCCUUUCCAUUCAUUUAACCCCCACCUGAACGGCAUAAACUGGAUGUUCAGCUGGCGUUUUUUACUGUAACAACAAGGAGACUUUGCUCUUCAUUUAAAACCAAAUCAUAUUUCAUAUUUUACGCUCGAGGGUUUUUACCAGUUCCUUUUUACACUCUUAAAAACAGUUUUUAAGUCGUUUGAAACGAGAGAUUUUUUUCUUUCCUGGCAGCUUUUAACAUUAUUGCAAUUUGUGUCUGGGGGCUGCUGGCGGAAGGUUGUGAAUCGAGGGGUUUGCAACAGGACAGGCUUGGUUUUUGUGUUCCUUUCUUUUUGGGGUUUGAAACUGGACCGGAUAACGGAUCUCUGAGCUGCUGUAUAUAGUUUUAAAUAGUUUGUUGCACUUUUUUUAAGUUGCACUUACGGGGGGUUGAUAGAGGUUUUUAAUCACACCAAGUCACAGGACUUAAACCUUUUUCUUUUGUACCGAGCUACACAAGGGCUGCGUGUCGGAGCACGGAUGGAGGUUCGCAUGAGCCCUUUCUCUUAGAGGGGACGAGUUCUUUUUCCCUUCCUUGACGAAAUGUACGGAGUUAAGGUGCAGUCGACUGAAAUGCUGCUGCUGCUGCUGGGAUUUGACCCUUUCAUUAUGAUUUUGAUUUAUUAUGUUUUUUACUUUCCCCUCUAUUGGAAGCUGUGUGCCAAAGAACCAGUGUCAUAAUUUCUCCCUCUUCCGUUGUGUUUUUGGUUUUGUUUUCUCUUUUCCUGCUGAGCUGAUGUUG